CUUCCGGGGAUGCAGCCCUCUCUGUCUUCCGGGUAGCGCGAGCUGCGGGGCUGGGGUUCCGGACCUUGGGGCGCCCGCGCUUUUGGGUCGUGGUGACCCAUCGCCCACUGCGGACUUGGCUUUCUGUGUCCCUCGCGGGGCUCCACCGGCUCCCAAUGCCGGGCCUUGGGCCCUGGGCAGUGUAAUGCUGCCCGAGUGCGUCCCGGAACACCGCUUGGGCCACGCGCGAGGCCGGCUAGGGCUGAAUCGCUGCUGUCCUCCCGCCCUCUCCCAGGUGACCCCGAGGUAGCAUUUCCCGGGAGCAGCAGCCCUUUCUGAGGGGAUGGGCGCAGCCAGGCCAGAUGGACGAGAAGACCAAGAAAGCAGAGGAGAUGGCCCUGAGCCUCGCCCGGGCAGUGGCCGGCGGAGAUGAACAGGCUGCUAUGAAGUAUGCCACCUGGCUGGCAGAGCAGAGGGUGCCCCUCAGGGUGCAAGUAAAACCUGAGGUCUUCCCAACACAGGACAUCAGGUAAGUGUGACUCACAUUAAAGGG